AUGAAUUCACACAAGAAAGGCCGUAAAGAUAUCAUAUUCCUCCUAAAAAUCGGGCUCAUCACAAGGCUGCUGGUAUAUGCAGGUAUUGUUGCAGCGUUUUACUUGUUCCCUUCAUAUGAUUUUUCUGUUGAAGUGGCAAUGCCAUUUGGAAGUUUAUCGACAUUUCUUCAUCCCUUUGUGCGCUGGGAUUCGUUAUAUUUCCUCCAAAUAGCCUACAACAGUUGCAAAUACCGGUUUGAACCCGAGUAUGCAUUUUUUCCACUUUAUCCAUUUCUGAUGAGCUGCUUGGCUCCCAUUUUCCGUAACAUGUGCAGAAUCAACGCAUUGGUCCUCUCAGGAAUUGCGAUUUCGCUGCUUUCAUUCAUAUUUUCCAUCAUUUUAUUGUAUUCUCUUACGGUAGAAAUAUUCAAAUCAACACGACUAGCUUUUCUUUCUUGCGUCAUGUUAAUACUGUCGCCUGCCUCCAUUUUUCUGACGGCUGUUUAUUCAGAGUCACUAUUUUUGAUGCUCUCUUUAGCAGGAAUGCUUUGUUUUGUGAAAGAGUUUCAUUUUGCUGCAUCCUUGUUUUUUGCAUUAUCCUCAUUUACCCGCGCAAAUGGGGUUUUCCAUUCCGGGUUUUUCCUUUACCACUCUUUUGUUGUUCUCAUUUCACCCAACUCCUGCGGUGUUUUUUCUCGAAUUUCCAGGAUUUCCACUCAACUAUUCAAUUUUUUAAUUGCUUUAUCUGGGUUUGGAAUCUUCCAAUGGUAUUGUUAUAACUCUAUCUGCCACUCGGGAAUCAAUAUUAGUGAUGAGGCCAUGUAUUGGUGCAACAACCCGCCUUUUCUUGGCCUCUUGUAUACAUUUGUGCAAAAAGAAUAUUGGGGCGUAGGUUUUCUCCACUAUUAUCGAUUUAAACAAAUUCCAAACUUUCUUAUAGCAGGGCCAAUGGUUUUCUCCCUGAUAUAUUCACUAUUCAGAUACCCAUCGAUCAUAAGCAAGGGCGGUCACACCCUUUUUAUCCGUACAUUCCCUUUUUUAGUUGAAUGGCUCGCCAUUGGUGUGAUUACUAUAACAACAGCACAUGUCCAAAUAGCAACCAGAUUAUUUUCGUCCUUUGCUCCCAUGUUAUAUUGGACCUGGGCGCUUUUAAUUCUAGAAUCUUUUAAGGAAAAAAAUCCAUUAGAUCAGGGAGCCGCAGAGGCGACAAAUGAUGACCAAAAUGCUAUCAAGCCCCUUUACCCUGAAAAAUCAGAAUUGAGUGCUAUUGAUCGUGACACAGCCCAAUCACCUUUGCACUAUAAAACGAUCAAUUUAACUCAAGAUGGUUUGGUUGAUGCAGCUAUCAAUGCAAACUUUUAUAAAUUAAUUAACCCCACGCCUGAAUCGCACAAAAUUAAAACUUGGUCCGCAGUUUUUAGUAAAAUGUAUGAGCAGCUUGAGCUCCUCGUCAAAGAUCCCAAACUCAAGUCAUCCAAGUUUCUUUCAACGGGUCUUUUUCCGUUUUUGGCCAACAUAUGUUCAGUAGAAGAUGAUCGAAUACCAUUUAUUAUCCUCAGAUUCCUAGUUACCUUCAAAAAGAGUCUUCCUAGUUUUGAAAAGUCAGAACCAGCAUAUCUCUCAUUACUUGUAAAUGUGACAACAAAGGUGCUUCUUUCUCGCAACGAAGAUAAGGAGGCUUUUGCUGCCAUGAUUGGUAUUAUCGAUUUGCGAUUUUUGGAGGAACUUCUUGGUUUCAUAGGCCAAGACGGCAUUUUAUGUUUUGAAAAAAAAGGAGAACUUUCCCUAUAUUUACUUCGUAAUAUUUCAGCAAUUGAGUAUUAUUCGGUGCGACUUAUUUCAAAGUCUUAUUUUGGUAAACAGUUUUUGCAGCUUUGUCUGGUCGCCUUUUCGAAUAUGGAGGCGAUGAGGGAAAUUCUAUUUGAAAUCAUAAAGUUAGCCAUGGCUUCAUUUUAUGGGUUAGGAACUGCAUGUUCUUCUCAGCAGACGCAUUCUCAUUGGAUUUAUGGAAGGAAUAUUUAG